GGUCAUGCCGCGGCCUUCAACCGCAGGUGGUCCAAUAUCGGAACGUCAAACUCGUAAAUCGUGAAUAACAAGCCUACCCUAGCUACCCUAGCUGAGAAUACAACAGCAUACGGUUUCCAAGGAUACACGCCAAAUCUCAGCCUUUCUCCCUAAGACUUUAUUUAUAUUCUAGACAUCAGGCAUAUCAUCAAAAAUGGGGACUAAUCUUCCCUGUGAGUUGGAGUCAGGGCAGAUUUGCCGUGUUCAUGUCACGACUUGUUCUCAAGACUAAUGAUGAGAUCAACAGAUGCUAUCGAUGCGGAAACGCCUCUUCAGCCGGCAGAGCUCGCUGUUCUGCGGGCGCAAUACGACAAGGAGGGCGACAUGGUUGGUGUGCAGACCAAGUUCAACUAUGCUUGGGGCCUCGUCAAAUCCAGUACGCGAUCCGACCAGCAGCUGGGGGUCAUGCUCCUCUCCGAAAUAUUCCGCACAUCCCCCGAACGCCGCCGUGAAUGCCUGUACUACCUCGCCCUGGGCAACUACAAACUCGGAAACUACGCAGAGGCGAGACGGUACAAUGACUUGCUGCUCGGCAAGGAGCCGACGAACCUCCAGGCGACAAACCUGCGGUCUCUGAUCGACGACAAGGUCGCCAAGGAGGGACUGUUGGGUGCUGCCAUCAUUGGUGGCGUUGCAGUUGCUGCCAGCGUCGUCGGUGGAAUACUUAUCAGGAACAUGGGCAGGAAGAGGUAGUUUCUGAUUUUUUUUUGUCGGGGCAUAACGUUGCUAACCCCCCUCGAGGAUUGUGAGGCUUUUUGUUUUCUACGUAUGGACGGGAGCGAUGCAAGUUGGGUGUACGCAGCGAGCGAAGACGGUGCACACUACUCACUACACCUUAAUAUGUAUCACCAAAUUACGAUUCAGUUGAUCGUGUUCCUCUGGUGCUACUCUGAGGCUUGCGAUUUAGGUUUGGCGGUUUUGUGAUCAAGAAAAUAGUCACAACUCAAAUUAUUUGAUAGGCAAGUGAUACUAUGGGCAUAUUGAGCUUGGUCUGCAGUCACGGCCUAAGAGAUCCCUGGUGAGUGCCAAUAAGAAAUAGACGUGAAUGGAUUGUGGACUCUUGCUUAAUCAUGGUUUGGCAUGCACGGUAUCAAAAGGAUAGGCUGUGAGUGACGCCCAAAGUCCAGGUUGGGCACUCAUUCCGCAUCCCGC